AUGCCGCUUCAUUUCAGCUUCUUUCCGAUGGAUCGAGUCAUGUGUACGACAAUCUUCGAGAGCUAUUCAUUCAAUGUCGGGAAGGUGCGACUUCACUGGAAACGACAAGGUCAACCGGUCGAGUUUAUAGACGAAGUAAAACUGCCUGAUUUUCACAUGACCACAUUUAUUCACGAGAAAGCGACUUUCCAAUAUCCUGCAGGAGUAUGGGAUCAGCUAAAUAUAAAACUGUUCUUUCGUCGAUCUUACGGGUUCUAUAUUCUUCAAAUAUACCUCCCUACUUACUGCAUGGUAAGGGCUCACGGAAUGAGCGCUCACAAGUUUACCUUUCAGGUGUUGAUUAGUUGGAUUUCAUUCUGGCUGGAUCGCAAGAGUCUCCCUGCCAGAGUGACCCUUGGCGUCUCUUCACUUAUGGCGCUCACUUUACAGUAUAGCAAUGUAGCUCGAAGUUUACCCAAGGUGAGUGUUGACAACAACGAUUGUUUACUUGAAGUUGCAGAAUUUGCUGAAACAAUAACAACAAUUCAACCUUCAACAAUGUGCCGGUUGGCCUGCAAAGACUAUGUGUCAUAUGUGAAAGGCCUGGAUUUGUUCAUGUUCGGCUGUGUUGGCUACAUUUUCCUAUCCAUAGUCGAGCUUGCCGUAGUUGGAACGCUCGAAAACAAGAAACCUAGGUCGAACGAGGACUUCAUGACAGAGGAAGAGAUCAAGAAGAACGUCUUUCAACGAACAUUUUCAUCUAAAAGUUUUCGCUCAGGCUAUGUGAGUUUGUAG